UUAAAAGGUUGCUAAUUUUCCUUACAAUUCUAUAAUGAUUAAAUUUAUUGCAGAAAAUGGAAAUAGGAAAUAAGGUUUACCUAAAUAACAUUGACCAGAUAGAGGAAAAAUCGCAUAUCAAGGUUCGGGUGCUUAAAAUUUGGAACUUUGUCAGAAAUAAUAAAGUUUGUUCCAUUGAAAUGAUCAUCAUGGAUGAGGAGGGUACACAAUACCAAGCUCGUGUCUUCAAUCAGAAUUUCUCCAGAUUUCGUCAUCUUUUAAAGGAAGAUGAAAGUUAUAUAGUUAUAAAACCCAAUAUGGCUGCUGUUACUAAUGGUUUUAGUUAUACAGGUCUUGGUGAAGCUAAAAGUCAUUUUGAAGUAACGAAAUUGUUCAUAAAUUCUGACAUUUAUGAAAUAAAUGAGUUUAAAAAUAAGUUGAAAUGUCAUGACAAUUUCGGUAUAACUGAAAAAAGCAUAACUACACUUCAAAGCUACUCUUCUUCAUAUACAGAUGACUUUAAGGGCAAUUUUCCAUUAAAAACAAUCUGUGAGAUCACCGAACCAAUUAAGGAAAUGAAGUUUUUAUUAGUUGCUUCCAUUAUUAAUAUAAGGCAGAAUCUACCAUGGUAUAUAAUUCCAAUUAACGUACAAGAUUGUACUGGAACCAUUGGAUUGACUCUUUUUGAUAGGGAAGCAAGGAGGUUGUUAAAUAUAAGAGCCUACGAAUUGAAAAAGAUACAUGAUGCGGCCGGAGACAGUGAUGCCCUAUUUCCAAUGCAACUUAAUGUGUUGAAAAACCGCAAGUUUGGUUUUAUUGUAGAUAUUACAGAAUACAAUGUCAACAACUAUAAUAACAUCUACACAGUUCUCAGAGUUACAGAAGAUAUGUCCAUUGUUUCUGAAUUGGAAAGUAAAAUAGAACUUAUGAGUAAUCAAUCUGUCGCCUUAAAUCAAGUUGCUUUGGAAUCCGAUGAUGUUGUACAGCCUGUUCAAAAGGAUGUGAUCUCACAAACAGACGAAAGUUUUACACCCUCAACAGUUGAUAAGUCAACCGCAACAAGUCCUUGCAAAAUAUCAGGUGAUUUGAAGCGCAACCUCCAAGAAAUUUAUGAUGUUGAUUCUGGAUAUGAUUUAAGUUCAACUAAGGCUAAAAGAAAGUCAACCGCAGAGGAAACUCCACUCUUGAUUCCAAAAAUUGAAAAGUGA